CGUACUGCGUAAUAAUUAAAAAAAAAAAAAAAAAAUUCUCAGUUGUUGGGGUUGGGUUCUCUACUUCUCUGCAGCUUCCUUGUUCUGUCGUUACUCAAUCUAUCGUACUCAUUUAUCUAUCUCCUCUAAAAAAGCUUCAACUUUACUCUUUUUUCCUCACUCCAUUGAAAUGACAUAAUUAUUCAUUUUAUCCAAUGAUUUUUUGCUAAUUAUUCAUUAUAUUCAAUGGCUUCAUCGAUUCAACAUGUUGAAGAUCAAGACUUGGAAAUGGGUCAUAUCACACCCACACCUAACCGAACACCAAUGGAGCCGUCCCCUUCUCCAUCGCCAACCUCUACGUCGGCCCCUGCUUUGGUUCUCUCUAAUUCUGGUAAACGCAUUGACCAAGCAGGCAAGAAGAAGUAUGUGAAGCAGGUAACUGGUCGCCACAAUGACACUGAGCUGCACUUGGCUGCUCAGCGAGGUGAUUUAGAAGCUGUAAAGCAGAUAUUGGGUGGGCACAUAAAUUCACAGAUAGGGGAAAAUCUAAGCGGUGCUGAGUUUGAAGUGGAGGCUGCUGAGGUACGAGCUUUGGUUGUGAAUGAGGUUAAUGAGUUGGGAGAGACAGCACUUUUUUCUGCAGCUGAAAAGGGACACCUUGAUGUGGUUAAAGAGCUGUUGAAAUAUGCCAAUAAGGACACUCUUACUCAGAAGAAUCGUAUAGGAUUUGAUCCUUUGCAUGUUGCUGCUAAUCAAGGACACCUUGCAAUCGUCCAAGUGCUGUUAGACCAUGAUGCUGGGCUAAUAAAAACAAUUGGACCAUCAAAUGCUACUCCUCUGAUAUCUGCAGCUACAAGAGGACAUACAGCUGUAGCUUAUGAGCUUCUGUCCAGGGAUAGCAGCUUAGUGGAUUUAUGUAAAUCCAAUGGGAAAAAUGCGCUUCAUUUUGCUGUCCGCCAGGGCCAUGUGGACAUUGUAAAAGCAUUGCUUGAUAAGGAUUCAACAUUGGCUAGGAAAACUGACAAAAAAGGUCAGACUGCUUUACAUAUGGCUGUAAAAGGGAAUAAUUGUGAUGUUGUGAGAGCACUUCUUGAAGCAGAUGCAGCCAUUGUUAUGCGCACAGACAAAUUUGGUAAUACAGCUUUGCAUGUGGCUACCAGGAAAAAGCGGGCAGAGAUUGUAAAUGAGUUGUUACAGCUUCAAGACAUCAAUGUUAAUUCUUUAAACAGUGAUCACAAAACUGCACUUGACAUUGCGGAAGGACUUCCCCUCUCUGAAGAAUCCUCAGAAAUCAAAGAUUACCUUGUUAGGAAUGGUGCUCUUAGGGCUAAUGAACUGAAUCAACCUAGGGAUGAGUUAAGAAAAACUGUGAGCCAGAUUAAGAAAGAUGUGCAUCGGCAGCUCGAACAAACAAGGCAGACCAACAAAAAUGUUAGUGGAAUUGCCAAGGAGCUCAGAAAACUUCACAGGGAAGGGAUAAACAAUGCCACUAACUCGGUAACUGUAGUAGCUGUGCUUUUUGCGACUGUUGCUUUUGCAGCAAUUUUCACUGUUCCAGGUGGUGAUAAUGAUGAUGGGAUGGCUGUAGCUGCUAGAACAGCUUCUUUCAAGAUAUUCUUUAUCUUCAAUGCGAUUGCACUUUUUACCUCUUUGGCAGUUGUGGUAGUUCAGAUCACUCUUGUCAGAGGUGAGACAAAAGCAGAGAGACGAGUUGUGGAAGUUAUCAACAAGCUGAUGUGGUUGGCAUCAGUUUGCACUUCUGUUGCAUUCAUGGCAUCGUCUUACAUAGUUGUUGGACGAAAGCAUGAGUGGGCUGCAACACUUGUUACGGUUGUUGGGGGUGUGAUAAUGGCUGGGGUUUUGGGCACAAUGACCUAUUAUGUGGUAAUAUCCAAGCGGUCUCGGUCCUUGAAGAAAAAAGAUAGAAGUGCAAAGAGAAGCGGGUCUAAUUCAUUGUAUCACUCUGAGUUUUCCAAUUCAGAACCAGAUCGAUUUUAUGCCCUCUAACCCUUUUUCAGUUUUUCUGUUCGUACAAUGAGGAAUACCCCCUGUUGCAAUAGUUAUGAAGGCCAGAAACCUGUCUUACUAUCAGGCAAUUUGUGGGAGGAUUGUGACUUGUAUUUAUAUUAAUAAUAACUGUAAAAUAUGGUGAUCAAUCGUGUUUUAUUGUCUCUGUGCUCUGUUAAUGAUGGACUGCAGUAUCGAGUUAGAAGAGCGGGUGUAGUUGCAACUUACAAGAGUGGUCAGCUAGGUGUGCUGUCUACCCCAUCUUGACACUGGUAAAUAUUCUUCUGUUAAUUAUGCAAGAAUGGUGGUCUGCCAUUCUUUACGGUGCUGGAUCUUUGAUCUUUUAUGUUUCUCUCUGUUGUAUCAACUUAAACCUUAGGUGAAUUUUAAUCAUGAUCACGCAUUGUUGUUGAUGUAACCUGAAUAUAUUUGUUUAUAUCACAUGUAGUUAGUGUCGUAUCUCUGUAGAGAAUAAUUAUCAUUUUCCUUUCACAAGUACUUUUCACACUUAGCUCUUCA